AUUGAACCUACUUCAGUCUUCAGUCCUGACUCCUGCGUGAGUGAGUGAGUACAGUGAGUUUUCGAGUAUUCCAAAAACCUCAUUAAACUCUUGAAAGAAAGAAAGGAAAAAAAAAAUGCCUGAAGUGAUCAGGGUGCCAUUCCGGCGAAUUGCAUUCGGAAACCGUGAAGAAAUCCGGCAGCCCGGUGCAAUCAAGGCAGCCUUGGCUGAGCUUAUCAGCACCCUCAUCUUUGUCUUCGCAGGUGAGGGUUCCGGCAUGGCAUAUAGCAAGUUGACUGGUGGUGCUCCAAGUACUCCAGCUGGGCUUAUAUCCGCCGCCUUGGCUUAUGGUUUAGGGCUAUUCGUGGGCGUCUCCGUCUCGGCUAACAUCUCCGGCGGCCACGUCAACCCGGCCGUGACUAUUGGCGCUUUUCUUGGCGGUAACAUCACCCUCUUCAGGGGUCUUCUCUACAUCAUCGGCCAGUUGGUAGGAUCAAUCAUUGCUUGCUUGCUCCUUAAGGUCUCCACUGGAGGCAUGAAAACUUCAGCCUUAUCUCUGGCGCAUGGUGUAUCUGUGUGGGAUGCAUUUAUUCUGGAAAUAGUGAUGACGUUUGGGCUAGUUUACACCGUCUAUGCCACAGCCAUUGACCCGAAGAAGGGUGAUGUUGGAACGAUUGCACCCAUUGCCAUUGGUUUGAUUGUGGCGGCCAACAUUCUGGCGGGUGGUGCCUUUGACGGAGCAUCCAUGAACCCGGCUGUGUCAUUCGGGCCUGCUGUGGUCAGCUGGACCUGGACUAACCACUGGGUCUACUGGGCUGGCCCCAUCGUUGGAGCUGUGAUUGCUGCUGCUGUCUAUGAAAUCUUCUUCAUCGACCAUUCUCAUGAGGCCGUGCCCGCCGCAGAUUACUAGGAAAAAAAAAUUAAGGAAGGCUUAUUUUUCCUUGCUUUGCUCUGUAAUUUAUGUGGGUUGAGAAGUUGGGGAGUUUUUCUCUUUUCUUUUAUUUUCAGUUUUUUUUUUCCUUCUUCAUCAUCAUCAUGAGCCUGUCCUGUGGCGUUUAUGCUCUUGAAUGGGUUCAAUUGGUCAGUUGUGCCAUGCAUUUCUCCGGCCUUCAUUUAAUUAUAUUCAUGAACAAAUGCUCUGUUUCGGCUAGUUUUAGCUGCGUAUAAUAAUGGAUUGUUUGGUACUCCUUUGUUUUGUUUCUA